AUUAUUUUUUGAGAGAGAGAGAGAGAUGGCGAAAACCUUCACAUGUUUAAAAAGAGCAGCGGGUUUACCGCUGCCAGUGUAAUCUGGAAGAAGCUCUGUAAUGGCGAAUCCCAAGCCCUUAGUCUACAAAAGCUUAUUUAAUAGUCGUUUUCUCAAAUCCUAAGUCAUAUGAAACAUCAUCUUUAAUUGAAGGAAUGAAACCCUAGCUUUCAGUUUUUAGGGGAGAAAUGGCCUCUGGUUCCGACCAGUCCAUCGAGGAGAGGGCCAAACUCCUCCAAACCCUAGUUUCAGGCCCCAUGAAUUCGUCCAUUAAAAAGCUUUCAGCUUCUGCGAAGCCUUUUCCAUGCGAUGAAGAUUUCCAUUUCUACGCUAACUUCAAUGAAUUCAAGAUACCAGUUAGGGAGAUAUCCCAAAAAUCCGAGUCUCUCAUGAAAGAUAUAGGUGCUUCGAAGCAUCUGUGGAAUAGGACUUUGACGUUGCCUAAUGACCCGGAUGAUUCAUACGACUGGCUUGUAGAUAUCAAUGAUGAAAUAUUUGAGAGAAUCGAUGUUUCAGUUGAUGAGUUCAAGAAAUUGCAGAAGAAAGAUGGGGAAAAUGGCCAGAGGUUUGAGGAUUUUGAAGAUGGAUUUCAACUCGUUUAUGGAAAGAAGAAUAAGAAGGGGAAUCAGAUAGCGGAAGGGAGAGAAAGUAGGGCUUCUGAUGCUUCUCUGGUUUAUAAUGGUGCGAAGAUUGCUUCCUGGGAUAGCAAAGCUUCAAAGGGGCGUUCUCAGGUUCCAUUUCAUAUUCCAAGCAUUCCAAGGCCUCAAGAUACCCUUGGUAUUGUUGUUGAUAAUUCGAACCAGCCUUUUGAGCAUGUUUGGUUGCAGAAGAGUGAGGAUGGGUCCAGGUUUAUCCAUCCACUGGAAAAGUACUCUGAGUUGGAGUUUGUUGAUAAGCAUCUUGGAGAUCCCGAGCCAAUACAACCCCUUCCCCUUGAGAAUACCCCGUUUACAUUUGUGAAGGAAAUAGAUGAUUUAAAGGAAUUGGUUAUCAAGUUGCGCAAUGUGAAUGAAUUGGCGGUUGACUUGGAGCAUAAUCAUUACCGUAGUUUCCAAGGAAUGACUUGCCUGAUGCAAAUUUCUACGAGAACUGAAGAUUAUGUGGUUGAUACCCUAAAGCUCCGCUCUCAUAUUGGUCCACAAUUGAGGGAUGCAUUUGCAGAUCCCUCUAGGAAAAAGGUCAUGCAUGGGGCUGAUCGAGAUAUAUUGUGGCUUCAGCGGGACUUUGGCAUUUAUGUGUGCAAUUUGUUUGACACACAUCAGGCUUCAAGGGUGUUGCAAAUGGAGCGAAAUAGUUUGGAAUAUCUUCUGCGUCAUUUUUGUGGGGUAACUGCCAACAAAGAGUAUCAGAAUGCUGAUUGGCGGCUAAGGCCUCUUCCUGAUGAGAUGAUCAGAUAUGCUCGAGAAGAUACACAUUAUCUAUUACACUUAUAUGAUUUGAUGAGAUCCAGGUUGCUUUCAUCAUCGACAGACAGUGGGAAUGGUGAUGCUCUUCUAGUAGAGGUUUACAAGCGUAGUUACGACACUUGCAAGAAGUUAUAUGAGAAAGAACUCCUAACAGAUAAUUCAUUUCUCUAUAUCUAUGGGUUACACGAAGCAGAUUUUGACUCAAAACAGCUUGCCGUUGUUGCUGGGCUUUGUGAAUGGAGAGAUCAGGUAGCUCGUUCAGAGGAUGAAAGUACUGGCUACGUACUACCAAACAAAUUGCUUCUUGAGAUUGCCAGGAUGAUGCCAACUAGUAUGGGUAAGUUACGUCCCUUGGUCAAGGUUAGGCACCCAUAUGUUAUGAAAAAUAUUGGAGCUGUCAUUAGUGUUAUCGAAAGGUCAAUUGAAAAUGCUCCUGCAUUUGAAAGCAUCUGCGAACAAAUGAGACAAGCACGCUUGGAAAAGGAACGUGAGGAGAAUAUGCAAAAGGAAAUUCUCGACUCAGAGAAAGUGCUCAACCCUGACAUUAACCAGGAGUCUUAUUCUGAAGUUACCAAUAUGACGUCAAAUGGGAAAAUGGGUGAUUUCGGAGGAGCUCACUUGACUGUUAGAGUGGAUCCCCGCAUUGGUUUAUCUCAUUUUUCAUCAUCGACGAUAGAUUCUUCAGCACUUGCUGGCACAAAUGCUGAACGUCUGAGUGAUAGAUUUGUUUCCAAGUCCUUAGCAGGUGGAUUCAUCUCUAGCGGAUCUCAGCAAGAAGACUCCUCUUUUGGGCAAGAGGGAAGAGCUGAGGAAACGAAGAAAGAAGAUCACUCAAGUGUAGGCAUGCAUGUUGAUCUCAAGUCCCCAGCUCUUGCAAAACCAGUCAAUGUAGCGACUGUCCAGAUGCUAAAGAAGCCUAGUCGAGCUUUUGGAGCAUUGCUUGGAAACUCAGCCUCUAAGAGAAAGAUUAACAUUGAUUCUAAAUUGAGUACUUGGGAGCAGGAAAAGGCUGAAAGUAAGGUCGAGAAGAUCAAAUCCUCGGUAACUCUUCCAUUCCACUCAUUCUCUGGCGAAAUCACAAACUUGAAACCCCGACCUAAAGAAGGCCCAGAUCAAAGGGAGUCCCUGCCUCCCAAAGAUAAUCUUACCCCAAUUGAGAGCAACAAACCAGAGGGAAUCAUAUUGUUAGAGAAAGAAACCGGACUUUCUCCCACAAACAAGGAUCAAUCGGACAGCCAAACUUGGCUCCCUCAACUUGAGGAAAAUAACAUAACUGAACCCAUGUCUCUCUCUGAUUUAUCAUCAAGCUUUCAAAAAUGCUUUCAGAGUUUGAAUCAGAUGAAGAACCCAAAGCAAGGGGCACCUUCUAAAGGGCUGAGUUUCGGAGAAAAUGGAGGAAGCUUAGAGGGGUUCGAGCCUUUUGACUAUGAGGCAGCAAGAAAACAGAUGAAACUGCGAGGGAAAUGCGUUGAAGGGGAGAGUGGUAGAGAAAUGUUACCCAACAAGGGAGAAAGUGGUCGUGCUCAGGCAAAGGAUAGGAAGGUGGGGAGUCAGGAAGAUGAUGAUAUUCAAGGGGGAAGGCGCAGGCAGGUCUUUCCGGCUUCGGGGAACCGUAGUGCCACAUUUCGGUCUUGAAAUCUCUCUCUCAUCAACAUACAGAUGAUACCCUCUUAACUCUCUUUAUGCCAACACACAGGACAAUUGCCACAUCUCGCUCUCAUGCUCAAGGACAACCACCCCCGCCCCAAAAAAAAAACACAACCAACCUCAAAAAAAACCAAAAAAAAAAAAUCCUGCAAUGGUAGUGUAUGAUUCAUGCGCAACAUUGAGUUUUAGUUAUUUGGUUUAAAGGGGAAGUUAUUGUGUGUUCCCUUUCUUCUC